AUGCCUGCCAUCUUCGACCGAAACGAUGCUCUCGACGUCAACCCCCAGUUGGGUGACGCUCGUCUCUCGGAUGCUGGUUCAAACUGGCUCUGGGCUGUGACAGCUAUCUUCCUCGUCAGCUUCCUCGCCUGCUUUGCCCUCAGCAUCAAGCCCCGAAACAACGAGAGAAUCUUCCACUACCUCUUCACCAUUGCCCUCUUCGUCGGCACCAUCACUUACUUUUCCAUGGCUUCCGGCAUCGCCUACUCGGUUGUUCCCACGCAGCGCAAUAUUGGUCGUGCCGCCUCCUAUCAGAUCUACUAUGCAAAGUACAUCAACUGGGUUGUUUCAUUCCCUGUUGUUCUGCUUGCUUUGGGUCUCAUGAGUGGUGUGAGCUGGGCUACUAUUCUAUUCAACAUCUUCCUUGCCUGGAUCUGGAUCAUCUCAUACCUCUGCUCCGCGUACACCACCACCUCGUAUAAAUGGGGUUUCUUCGCCUUCGGCACAUUUGCUUAUCUUCUACUUGCCUACCAAACCCUUCACCCAGGCCGCAAAUCAGCUACUCGCCUCAGUCUAUCGCGUGAUUAUCUCAUGCUCGCAGGCUGGGCGAACCUGCUUUGGUUUCUGUACCCCAUCGCCUUUGGUCUUUCCGACGGAGGCAACGAGAUUGGCGUCACGCAGAUGUUUGUCUUCUUUGGCAUCUUGGAUGUGCUCCUGAUUGCCGGUUUGGCCUAUGCAUUCAUGUUCCUUUCCAAGCGAUGGGACUAUGGUGCUUUGAACUUGCAUUUCACCCAGUACGGCCGUGUUCACGCCGGGCAUGAUGGUGUCUUCCCUGAGAAGAGGGCUCCAGGUGAUCAUACCGUGCCUGCAACUGCUGCUCCCGCACACGCUACCCCUGCUGUCUAA